UUCAUUCUACCAGCAUGGGCUGAGAUUUCUUGCAACUGCUGAUUGUAGUUCUUGGCUUUUGGAAACUUGUGCACUUUGUAAGGUGUUUUUGCUCAAAGAAAAUUUAAAUAGCUGCAUGGUAAAUCUGAUGUUAAGUUUCACACACUGUAAGGAGCUGUGAUGGCAAAAGUGAAGUGAAGCAAGUCUUUUAUUUCUGAAGCAAUUCUGUGAAGUGAAGUACUGCUAGUUUGGAGAUUUUUGGCAUGUAUUGCUACAACUUGCAUAUUCCUGAAAGACAAUGUGUCAACACUCAAACAGAGUUUUAGUUUUCAUGGCAGGAAUUUGUCUCAACAUUGUGAACAAAACAUGAUCGCUUUUGUUUUGUGCUGGAUAAAAUCAUAAAUUAUCGGCCAUGUUGUUCAGUGUUACUGUCAACUGGAGGCACCUUUGCAAUGGGUUUUUCAGCUAAUUGAUUUGUCAUCAAGGGUCCUGGAUUUUAUACUCGGGAAUUUUUACGUAUCUGUAUACGUCGUUGGAUGUUGGUGUAUGAAUGGGUCAUAAACAAAGCAAGACCGGUAAGAAACAAGAGGCACGUGAGCUGGACAGUCUCCACUAUGCUGCCUCGUUGGAUUUCGUGGAACAAUUUUGGGAACAUCAACUUCGAGAUGACGAUGACAGGACCAGCAAAAGUGGCAGCCAGAGUGGCCAGCCACCAUCGGGCAUUCCAGAUGAGCUGAGAGCCUACACAAUUGUGGAGCUGGAGAAAAGACCAGGAGUUGGGUUUGGGCUGACGGUAUCAGGUGGUGUCGACAAAGAUGGCCGCCCGCGGGCAACAAAUAUGCGCACUGGGGGUGUGGCCCAACGUAGUGACCUCUUACAGAUGGGUGACCUCAUCACGGCGGUCAGCGGUAUCAAGACAGCAAAGCUCAAACACGAAGACGUUAUCAAUCUCUUAAAGAAUGCCGGGGACCGAGUGUCAUUGGAGAUAGAAUAUGAAAUCCCCCCAACAGUCCAAGACAAUGGUGUCACAGUCACUUCCAAGAAUGUGGAGAUACGAUUGGCUAAGGAGGACGGUAGCUAUGGUUUCACGAUAAGAGGUGGAGUCAAUCCCAAUCCUAGUAAGACACGCCCUUUGACGAUCACUCACAUCAGGUCUGGAGGGCCGGCCGACAGGGAUGGCACAUUGAAGGUAGGAGACAGGAUCAUGUCAGUGGAUGGAAUCAACCUCUCCAACUUGACUCACAUGGAGGCCUUGAAUACCAUCAAACAGAGCAGCACCGAUGCCACAUUCCGUGUGGACUACGAUGUCUCCAUCAUGGAAGCCGUAAGAAAUGCCACCGGUCCAUUACUGAUUGAAGUUGCCAAGACCCCUGGUGCCAGUCUAGGAGUGACUCUAAGCGCUGUGAGCAAAGGGUCUAAAUCAGUUGUUGUCAUCGACGCAGUCAAGCCAGCUAGUAUUGCAGACAGAUGUGGCGCCCUCAAUGUCGGCGAUGAGAUCUUAUCUAUUGACAGUGCCAAGACUAGCCACAUGUCGGUACCCGAAGCCAUGCAGCUCCUUGCCACAGCCUCAGAUCAAAUCAAACUGGAGAUACUACCAGUCAGUCACAUGACCCCCAUGCUGACAUACCCAACAGCCCAGAACAGGAAUCAGCAAGUGGCCAAUACGUCUCGCUCCGUCACCCCAGUCAGCCAGUUGAAUAACUCCAGCUACAACAGUCUGAGUAGAUCCCAAGGGAUGCUGCACAACUCCAGACAGCAGACGACGGCGCUUAACAGGAAGCUGAAAGGAAAGAAUCUCAAGAGCUCCUCUACACUUUCCUUAGCCUCAACGAUUAACGGUAUGGGCACGACGGCUCAGGUCUGCCGCUCCGACACGGUGGAGGUGACGCUAUACUCGCGAAGCUGUGACUUUGGUUUCAAUCUCCAAGGAGGCGUCUUCACCACGGAGAUCUUGGGAUCACCGGCUGUUAUUGGAUUCAUCGAGCCGGGUGGAAAAGCAGACAAGUGUGGCAUCAUGCAAGCAGGAGAUCGAAUCUUGACCAUCAAUAAUCGAUAUACAGAUGAAGUGACGUUAGAAGAAGCCAACCAGCUAUUGAGGGAAAGUGGGCAACAGUGUACACUACUCCUAGAGUUCGAUGUUGCAGAGUCUGUGGUUCCCAGCAGUGGUGUGUUUAGCGUCAAACUUCCAAUAGCGGACCAAGGGUUGGGAAUUACCCUCAGUGCCCCUAAAAAUCGUAAGCCAGGAGAUGCUCUUCUUAUUUCGGACGUCAAGAAAGGGAGCGUUGCUCACAGAACCGGUACCCUGGAGCCUGGUGACCAUCUUCUUGCCAUUGAUGAUAUCCAUCUUGAGACGUUCUCAGUGGAAGAGGCGGCGCAUAUCUUAAGACAGGCCGAUGACAUCAUCAAGCUCAGGGUUAAAAAGGAUGAGACUUAUUCAGAAGAUCCAGAAAUCAGCGGAGCAAUCUCGUUCACCGUGGAGCUCAUCCGUCAUGGCGGACCCCUCGGUAUAACCAUCUCUGGGACCGAGGAAUCGUUUGAUCCGAUCGUCAUCUCUGGUCUGACAAACGGGGGACUGGCUGAAAGGACAGGAGCGUUGCAUAUGGGAGACCGAAUCCUUGCCAUCAGCGGAACCAGUCUGAGAGGGAAGACUCUCUCCCAAGCAAUCCGACUCUUACAGAACGCUGGUAAUAUAGUCACCUUGAAGAUCAGCAAACAAGAAAAACUACCCGCAAUCAAAUCUCCUGAAGCAGCUGUUACUGAGGUCAAUGAUGCCGUUGUCAUGACAGCAAAUGGUAUACAUCAUUUCCAUCCUGUCAAUAGUAAGAACCCAACUGCUCAUAGUACGCCCAUCAGUGCCGUCGGGCAGGGUUCUGCAGACUCAUGGGAAGGUUCUGGUAUGGAUACCGGUUAUCACAGCACCCAGACACGCAACUCACGCUCCAACUCCCCCGCCAUGCAUCCACAUCACAACCGGCGGGCGAACCCUUCCCCGGGACGGAGGCCGCCCCGUCAGCGCCGCGUCCGCUCCUCCUCCCAGUCAACAUCGCCGAACGAUAACAGUGAAGACGAAGUGGAUGACAGGUACAACUCAACAACUCAACGUUACGGCGGUUACAGCGACCCGUUAAGCUCCGACCAAGAGGAUGGAUACCGGUACAACCACCUCACCAAACCCCCAUCGCGCCGAUCCUCCCUGACACGCAACCAAGACUACCUCAGGAACAUAGACUCCGGAAUUGCCAACCUCAGCCCUGAGUCGAACUUGAUCAGUCCAACAACAAGCUACCCGCAGAGUACCGUGUCUGGUUACCAACACAGCAUGGGUACCAGCUACCCACGGAGUCCUGAAAUGUCGUCGCGCAGCGGGAACAAUCAGUACAAAUCUUACAGCAUGCCGGCGGGAUCACAUAUGAACACAUCGGAGGCGUACCAUCUGUCCUCCAUGGAAGCGGAGAUUAAUGAGUUACUGGCGCCGCCGGUGUCUGCGGAGCUCCAUCGUGUGACCCUGUACAAGGACAGUGAUGUGGAAGAUUUUGGGUUUAGCGUCUCGGAUGGCGUUUAUGAGCGGGGCGUGUUUGUUAAUACUAUUAGGCCAGGAGGACCCGCAGCACGAAGUACCAAUGUCAAACCAUUUGAUAGAAUUUUACAGAUAAACCAAACAAGAACACGAGAUUUUGACUGCUGCAUGGUGGUACCCUUGAUAGCGGAAUCCGGUAACCAGCUAGAGCUUGGACUCAGUCGAACUCCUCUCACCAACGUAAAUCACCUACGACCCCCAGCCGGUAUGGAAAACCAAUGGAUGGGGCGAGAUAAUGGGGCAAUGCAGCAGGGUCCUCAGGAAAACAACAAGCAACACAGCAUGUAAAACAUGCCCUAAACUAAGCCUGGGCAACUAGUGAAACUUACUAUUUUACUAGUCGCACCUAAAAUAGUUGUGACUUCCGACACUAGUCUGGACUUCUUUUUAACUCCUAAGAUGCAAUGUGGCAUAUUGUUUGCCGCAGGCAUAAUAUAGCAACAUUCGUGCUGAAAAGAUUGAAGCACUGAUGUCUGGUUGUGUUUCAUAAGUAAAUUAUGUUGUCGUCGAUAUACACAGUUGGUUCAUCAAGCAGUUAGUCCCGACUAUUUUUGUAGUAGUCGUGGCGGCACGAUUAAUCAAGUAGUUGAAUAACGGUAGUUGUGACUCGACUAAGCAAUCAACAGUCGCGAUUUGACAUGAGUCACAUUAGUGUCCCAGGCUUAGCCUCCUUGAAGUGGAAUGGACAGUAGAGGGCGCAAUUCAGUAUCCACCAUAGUUUUUGCUGUAUUAUGUUUAAUAAUGAUGGACUUGUUUAAGAAAAUGUCUUUUCAUGUGUAAAAGUUAAUGGUUUAAUUAUGCUGUAGGAUUGAAUACAAAACCAUUUUGUGAAGAUUGGAAUUUUGCUUUGUCAGGUCUGGCCAAAAGCUGUGGAGAGCUUUUAGUUCAUUUUUGGUUGAAUAAAGACAAAUUGACUGGGGCAGGAUUUGAACCUGCGACCUCCGUACUAACAUGCUGGCACUUUUGAGCCAUUUUGUUAGCCGUUCAGAAGUUCAGGACCAGAGAAAAUUUAACUAAAUCCUCCUUGGCUUGUAUUUUAGUCCUGCCAUAAAAAAAUAAAUAAAUCAUGAUUAAAUGUAAUCGUCAUGUCUGUUUUUCGAAACCUUUUGUAAUUAUGUAAAACAAUUUUUUUGUACAGUAAACAAAAAGAAAUUGUAAUAAGUUUCAUUGUAUUUUGUAAAGACUUCAUAACGUAAUUUGUGUUAUUUAAUAACAGUCUCAGUAUUUUGUUUAGUCUUUCACUGGUUUUAUGUGAGGUGUUGUUUAUAGAAUGUCAUGAUGUAGUAGACUUAUCCUUUAUGCAUCGUUCAAUUACAACUGCAAAUGUGCAGCCGAAUGUCGGACACAUUUUGUUCAGCUGCAGUUAGUAGCUGGCUGCAUUUGCGUAUUUUGGAAGUUGUGGCACGAGUGCUCUCUCCGUUAGGGGGCAUAGGCGUAGACGUAGACGCACGUCUGCCACAAAAUAAGGCUGGGUUUAAAUCAAGCGACUACAGCUAUGGCUAGGGCUGUUUUCUACUUGUUCUUGGAUUGUCUAUGUUCUAUUUGUAGUGGAAAACAUUUAGUAAGGCUUCGUUCGAAUCAAGCAGCUACAGUUAUUUCUGUUGGCAGUAGCACCAACAGUGAGCAGGUUCAAAUGUGCCCAUGGUAAACUAAAGGUUGACAAUUUUGACUCUAAUCUAGGCUUGUCGACCUUGGUUUCUCCUGUGGUCUCGAAAGCCUGUUCCAUUCUAACGUGUGUAAGGCGCAAAAGGGAAAUAGUGACACUAUAGCGAAAAGGCGGAAUGGAGUCCUCAGACUUUCAAAUGAGUCUUAUGAGUGAAUGCGUCACUGCGCAUGUACGAUGCUGGUGAGUGGUAAAUCACGGAUCGACUAAAUAUUCCCACUCGAGUUUGCUCCUGGCUGAAGAGUAGGCUAUGUCAGUGAUGAAGCCAUAGCCACUGCUGAAUCGAGGAUGUUGUUCAUGGCCUAAAACUCACAUCAAGCAUGCACCAUAAAAUGUGAAGAGCGCCAUCUUGUGACCUAUUAAUGAUUAAUUUUUGUGGAAUUGAAAGACUUGUCUUUCCUGAAACUUCAAAGAUGGCAACUUUAUUUGUCUAUCGGCAUUUAAGACUGAUUUUACAUAACAUUUCAGUGCAAUAUUAUGUUGUUGGUAAACUUUAUAUUUAUCAGGUUGCAUAUCAAUUAAUCAGGGUGUAAUUAAGAUUCUUGUUUUAUUGCUUGAGAAAGUUUCCCUGCACAGUCAAGGAAAUGUGUGGCAAAAAAGCAGCAUUGUUGAGCUUUGUGUUAGUCUUUGAGUCAAGCAGCAAUGUUAGUCUAAGCUAGUGUACUCUAGGCCCUAUAGGUUUUGUACGCAGUACUGUCACGUAGCAGUUAUUUACAAGUGUCUCAGUAAAUAUUAAGGACUUGAUUUCAAGUCUAGCUUUGUGUUUGUGUGCAACAUAAAACAUCCAAUGGUUGGCAAUUCUCUGGUCAAUGGUUAUUUUCAUUUUAAUGGGCACCAAGGCAAUGACUUUUGUAAAUCUUGACAACAGGAGACUUUUGGGGAUAUGCUAGGUGUGGGCAGUCUCCAUUGUUAUGGAAAUGUGCGUUGCUCAGAACGAUUGAAAGUACCUUGUCUGUCUGCUGCCACCUACGUUUGGGACGUUUCUAUUAAUUGGCUUCUUGUUAUAGAAUGUCGUGGCUGAUUGCAUUGAACCCUAGUUCUGGUGGCCGAGUCAAAGGUAUGGGUUCGAAUCCCUGUCACAGGAAUUGUGUCCUUGGGCAAGCCAUUUAACUGCAAUUGCUUUUUUCUCAACUUCUGGCAGUAAAUGUUUGAGGGUAGAAGUUAUUGAUGUAAAAUGACUAUCAACACACAGGCCCAUUUGGUUUCCGGUGCUGCAUACUCCUAAGGAGUCAAGAUAGUUUUUAGGAAAGCUUAGGGCCUCUGAACAGAGGGAAUAAUAUUGUAAGGCACUUGGAGGGUCUUGAAAAAGUACAUAUGUAAUAAAUACAAAAUACUUUUAUAAAGUUUUCCACGAAACUGAUCACUUUUCUGUCCAAACUGAACAAAAGAGAAAGCUUUUGGAUAUUUUUACCAUGGAGUUUAAUUAAGUUACAAAACAAACAGAAAGCAGUGGAUAUCUAAUCUAAAAACUUUGCUAGUCAUCCCCAAUUGUUUUGUUUCUGGUUAACCAGUGAUUAGCAACUUUAUUUCCUCAUGAAUCCUGAAUCCGUGACGCUUAUUCUUGAUAUUUUCAUUACACUACAUGUUUUUUAUAUUGAGUUGUUCAACAAAUAUUGUGCUUAACUGUAUCCUACUGAAAGCACGGUUUCAUUUUCUCUUUUCUGUGAACAUGAUAUAUGCAUAUACACUGCACUUAGGGAAGUUAAUUGUCAGCUGUUUUUCGCAAAUAAUCAUGCGAGUUUAUUCGCAACCAUCAUAUCAACUAUACAUCAUCCUAUAUUUAAGGUUACCCCCCCCCCAAAACAAAAAAAAACAACCCAAGACAA